CUCGUUAGAAAGUGAAUGGCCGCAAGUAUUAGCGACCCACUUACGAACUCCAGUGGGUCACUCGGCUCCAGCCGAGGCCCGAAAUCAGUUGAGUGCCAAUCCGCCGCUCGAACGAGUGUUCAGUACCUGUUCAUGCUUGACAGCAUGGGGAACAACACCAUGAACCUCAUACUAUGUCUAGUCUUGCUUUCCAAUGGGAUUUUUGCCUUAGCGCAGCAAAAUACAGCUGGAGAAUCCCAGAGCCUCGAAGAAGAGGAUCCACUUUUGCACAGUCUGCAUUCCGUACUCAUAGGUAAAAUGUCCGAAGCCAAAAAUGCAGUUCUUCAUGGAAGUCCAGCGGGACACAUUCCGGUCCUUGAUCCUUUCAAGAUGGAACCUCUUACCUUGACGGUUCAAGAACCCAAAGGAUUUGUGAAUGUCUCCUUGAGGAAGAUGUUUGUCGAAGGAUUGGGUAAUUUCCAACUGCGAGACAUUGUUACUAACCUAGACGUCUUACGCACAUCAGUAUUGUUGAGGUUUCCAGAAAUAAGAGUGAAAGGAACCUACAAAUUGAAAGGUUUCCUAAACCCACCAUUUUCUCAGUCACUCACAGAUGAAGGCAUGUUUGAAGCUAAAGUCAACGACGCUAUGGCCACAUGGAUAGGCAGGAUAGAACACAAAGAGCCAGACACAGAUUCUUCCAUUCUUUCCUUGAGUCAAGCCUCCUUCAGAACAUACUGGGAAGCUGCAAGUCAUACAUUUACUAGCUUUUUAAAGAAAAAUGAAGGCGCGCUGGAAAAGGCCGGUGAGCUCUUGCAAGCAGUCAGCAGCGCUGUCAUUGAGAAAGUUCAGCGGCUCGCAGAAGAAGGUCUUGAGCAAGCUAUCGCUCAUGUUAUGGGACGAUCAAAACAAACUUCAUGGUUCGAAAUGUAUCCACCUCUGCCCGCCGACACAACUUCUACUGUAAUUGAUCCUGAUUUUGAGCUCCUAGAAAGCGAUACUUCUCCCUUCGUAGAAGAGAGUGAAUAUAAGUCAGAAGAUGAACCAACAACGGCUGAGAGAGAGGGAAGAAGCUCACGUCGUAAACGACAGGUUCCUUGCGAAAAUGGAGAAGGUCUGGAUGAAUACGUGGACACUUUACUCCGAUUCGGUCGACGUCUGAUUAGAUUCCAGGAACCUAUUCCCUUUCCCAACACGACAGUGAAGAUCGACGAUAUGCUGACUGUGUUCCUGUACAACGGUGGUGUAAGAGGUGCAUCUAACUUGUCCAGGCGGAAGAAUGCUUAUGUCAAAUGCACCAAUACCAGCACCACUUUGGGUCUAGUAGUCCGACUGGAGAACCUGCGAGUUAAUGUGAAGUACAGAGUUCUACAAGAUUACAGGCUACUGUUGUUCAACGGAGAUGGUGACAUCCGCAUCAGAGAAGUAAUUGUCCUCGUACAACUUACUCAAUUCACAACACCUUCUGGAGAGACUCGGCAAAGAUUAGACAGGCUCAAGAUCUGGAAACUCGGUCACGUGACUGUUCGACUACGAGGUCUUGGUAACCUCACAUCCGCCUUAGCUAUGCUUCUAACGUAUCAAAUCAACGAGGAUCCUAAGGCUGUCAUACCCGUAGCUGAAGCCCAAGUGACUCACGUCAUUCGGCAACAACUCAACAAUGUCACCAUUCCGAUCUUUUCAAUUAUCUAAAAGACACAAUCAUCGGGUAUGGAUGCUGGAUCUGAAUAGCAGCAAUGCCAUUUCAGCGUGUUAUAUCCUCUCGUGGGAUACAUAAGUGAAAGUGUAUAGUUCCUGACAAAUUAGAGACAUUUUGCUAUAAGCACAAAUUCUGUAUUUAAUAUUUUAUUCAUACUAUAAACCUCAAAAUUACUCAUGUUCGCAUUUUACAUCUUCAUGAGAAACUUUCUAGUUAUAACUUUCUCAUGAAAUUUCAUAUGACGACAUCCAUUAUUUUAAAAAUUUUCCUUACUCUCCUAAAGAGCUCCAAGGAAAAAUUUUAAAAUAUUGGGAAUAUUGGAAGUUAAAAUAAAUAUUGGGAAAAUUUAAAAAUUUCUGAAUCGUGAUCUCACUAUUGACAAAAAUUUAAUAAAUUAUACUAGGAAUAACAACAUACGCAAACGUGUAACUAAAUUUUAAUACAAACUUGGAAAAACAUACAUUUAAUAUAACUCAUAAAACAAAGUCAGGGUUGUAUAUAAAGAAUUCGUCUUUACAUUAUAAAGAACGAUUUGUAUGUAUAAAAUUAUUCACUAAAUUCAUUCAUUUCAUGCCUAUUGUAUAUUUAUCGCAUAAACAAAAACUGUAAUAAAUGUACAGCAAUAAAAUAUUUUGUACAAAAUAUUA